AUGGAAAUAAACAAAGUAGCUAAUCUCAAAGAGGAAGAAAAGAACAAGAAUAAAAAAAGCAUAUUUGGUAAAGUGGUAGAUCCACAAAGACGAAAUCGUGGUAAUAUCACUACCACAUAUGAAAAAAAAAAAAUAGAUGGGUCGAAAAUUAAUAUUCUCGAUGAGUAUAAAAUGAAUAAAGGAACAGGACCAUUUGGCAAAGCGGCAGUGGAGGAUAGUGCUAAUUCAUCUGAUAGGGGGAGUGAUAUUAGUGAUAUUAUGAACAGGAAUAAAAAAAAUUGGAAAGGGGGUAAAAACUCGAUAGGAGGGUCAAAGAGGAUAAGCGGGUCAAACGACAUAAUGCGACAAAAUACAAAAGAAGGAAUAACCCCUAAGGAUGGAAAAAUAAAUAGAGACGAAAAAGAAGACAUAAAAAUUAUAGUAACGAGCGAUGAUACUUUACAUACACUACCGGCAGGUGCCGUUGGAAGACGAGCCCCUUUGAACCCUUUUUCAUCACCUAUGCUUGGAAAAUACAGAAGGAAAAAUAAAAAUGGCAAAGUGAAAGUAAAAGACCCACGGUUAAAUAAUAAUCCACUUGUAGGUAGAUUAAUUGUGUGUAUAUCUACAACAGCAAUUUUAUUUUGGGUAUUUUUUUCUGAAUUGAUAUUUAAUUAUAAUACUUUUAAUGGUAGGUGUAUAUCAAAGGUGUUAUAUCCUAUAUAUACUGAACCAGUAGCUGAUAAGAGAGAACCAUUUUUUGUAUUUUUAGGAUAUGGUGCAUGUGAAUAUAAUUUAGAUGAAUCUGCAUCGGAUAGACAUUUUGUUGGUGUAAAUACAGCUGACAAAGGAUGGCCAACAAAUAAAGUAGAAGAAAAUUCAGAUGGUUCAGGAACAUCUAGCUGGGAUUCAGUAAACAGUCGUGUAUAUAAUUUGUUAGGAGGGUUAAAUACUAAUUAUAUAAGGAAUUAUGGAGAAAUAUAUAGGUUAUUUUGGUCAGUAUAUUUACAUGGAGGAUACAUGCAUAUAAUAUUUAAUGUCAUAUGUCAAAUACAAAUAUUAUGGAUGAUUGAACCAGAUUGGGGUUUUAUUAGGACAAUGUUACUAUUUUUUAUUUCUGGUAUUACUGGUAAUUUAUUAUCAGCUGUUUGUGAUCCUUGUGGUGUAACGAUUGGUUCUUCAGGGUCUUUAUAUGGUUUAAUAGGAGCUUUAUUUACAUACUAUAUAGAAUAUUGGAAAACUAUUCCUAGACCUUGUUGUGUAUUAAUUUUUAUGAUUCUUGUUAUUAUAUUUGGAAUAUUUAUUGGUAUGUUUGGGUAUACUGAUAAUUAUGCACAUAUGGGUGGUUGUCUAGGAGGUAUCCUCUACGGAUUUGCUACCAUAACAACUGUGUCAGCUGCUGAUAAGUGUACAUUAGGAGAACGAAUGUUGACCUCCCCCCCUUUUUCUUGGUUCUUUUCAGAAGAAACGAAACAGUUAAUUAAUGCUAAAGCAAAAGAAAAAAAAAUUAAAGGAGAAAAUUAUCGAAAAAAACAAAUUGCUAAUAAAGUACACAAAGAUGAUGCUCUUCAUGUUGUUAUGUCUAUUAUGAAAAAUAGGAUUAAUGAUGAAGGAAGACCACCAUGUAAAAUGAAAUUAAGAGAAUGGAUUGUACGAAUUACUGCUGCAUCGUCCUUAAUUAUUAUGUGGAUCAUUUUGUUUAUUUAUUUAUUAAAUGAAAAUGCCUACAAAUCCUAUAAACCCAUGGGUCAAAUAAAAUUCUCAGGCGUCCACUCAUGCUACUGUUGUGAGAUAGCACCUCAAAAAUUUCCUUACAUUAAUGUCAAAAAUUUUUUCUGGUGUUUCAAUAACGAGGAAGCCACAAAGUAUUACUGCAGUUAG